AUGGCGCUCGCACCGUCUACUUGGCGCCUUCUUGGUCUGAGCGUCGCAACCGGAUACAUCGGUCUGGGAACGUUCACAUUGUCGGCUCCAGUCUUAGCUGGAAAAGCGUUGGGUGUUUACCCGUCAGCUUCGGAAUCUGCUGGCAGUGCGCUGAUUUCAAAAAAGCACCAUCAACAAGCGUGCGCAUCUAUGGGCCUCCUCGCGGCACGGGACCUCAGUAUCGGACUUGCACUAUUCGCAUUCGACUACCAGAACGCACCGCACGCUAUGGGCACACUCAUACUCAGCGGGAUGGUGCUGUGUGCAGCAGACGUGUACCAUGUGUUCAUGCUGAGAGGGUGGGAGUGGGCGAGUUUGCUGGGCGUGGGAGCUGCUUCCUGGUGUGCUAUCGGCAUUGGACUGAUCGGG